AUGGAGAAGGUCAAGAUUAUUCAACAAAGGUUGAAGAAUGCCCAAAGUCGACAGAAAUCUUAUACUAAUGUUAGAAGAAUAGACUUGGAAUUUGAGAUUAUGAAGAAAGUGGGUAAUAUAUCCUAUGAGUUGGAGCUACCGCCAGAGUUAGAUAUUGUCCACCUAGUGUUUAAUAUCUCCAUGUUUAAGAAGUGUUUGGGAGUUCCUUCACUCAUUGUGUCAACUAAAAGUAGUGAGGUGAAAGAAAGUUUUACUUAUGAGGAGAUUCCAGUUCAGAUUCUUUAUUGUCUUAUUCGCAAGUUGAGAACCAAAGAGGUCACUUCUGCCAAAGUUCUAUGGCGAAACCAGUUUGUGGAGGAAGCUACAUGGGAAGCUGAAGAGGAUAUAAAGGCUAGAUACCCUAAUCUAUUCAUUCCUUCUAAUAAUGAUGAUGACGUAUUUGAGUUCUUAUUUUACAUUCUUACCUUGAGUGAGUUCCCAUCUUGGCCUUCAUUCAAGGAUGAAUGA